CAAAUUGCCCCUUGAGCAACAUGCUGCUGUCGACAAGUCUAUGCCUGUUUGUGGUGUGUUUGAAUCCCCCCUGACCUCCCCCCUCUCUCUCUCUCUCGCUCGCUGGUCUAUAUGUGGGAUUCGAAGGGCUUCAGAUCUGCCUUAAAUCUUUUCCAUAUUAGUCCAGAGUCAGUGAAGGACUCGCGCGCCUGUGUGUAAUCGAUUUGCAACACCCCCCUAUGCCCCAGCUCACACAUCGCCUCCAUCGAUUAAUUCCAUUCAAACCAAAGUAAGACAGAAACCAUGGGAACUCAGGACAAACACGCCAGAUCAGGGCCCCAGGUCAAGGCGGGAGAGCUGAAAACCAGCGAGCCCGAGCGAGAGACAAGAGGAUCCACAGAGAAGAAGAAAAAGGUCGACAAGAAAACAGCCCAGAUAGCUGCACAGGAUGAGGACCCUCAUGUGUGCUGUGGCUGCCGGUUCCCCGUGGUCCUGGCUUUACUACAACUGGCCUUUGGCAUCACUAUCACAGUGAUCGCCUUCAUAAUGAAGAGCACCAGCUCCUCUCUGCUGGUCAGGGACACUCCGUACUGGGUUGGCAUCAUCGUCUGUGUAGCUGGUUUCCUCGGCUUCUACAUGUACUGCAUCAUAUACCAGAUUGAUGAACAGACAUUGCUCCAGUUCAUAAUCAAGCUCACCUACUUCUUGCUGUGUGCCUUUGGGCUGAUCCUCUGCAUAUCAGCGGUGGCUUUUGCUGCAUACCAUUAUAACCAGAUGACCACCUUCAGCUGCGAGAUGGAUUUGGACGAGUGUGUGUGCAAGCAGGACCCAGAUGAUAAGAUUGCCCGGAUCUUUCAUUACAGCGAUGUUGCAGAUUGCUCAGUAGUCACGAGAACUCUCAAAAUCUACCUCCUGCUACAGAUGUUUCUGAACUUUACCGCGGGUUUAAUCUGCCUUUGGGGUUGUUAUGUGAUGUGGAAACACAGAUACCAAGUAUUCUUUGUGGGCAUUCGGUUUCAAUCUCUCGUACCCAUUGACAAACAGCAACAAAAUGUUUAACCUAAAUAUUCUCUGAAGUUGACCAGAGGAUUGCAAGACGCCAUCAUCUGGUAUUUGAUCUGGUGGAUGUUUGUGGCCUGUUUGUAUAACUUACUAUUUUUAACUUGAUUUUUAAUGAAUGAAUGUGGGCAACAUUUAUGACCAGUAAUCCAACGUGUUUUAGGUAUUCGAAAAAAAAAGAAGACUUUUAUAGAUGACUUCAAAAAUGUUGCCAAGGACAUUUAUGGAGUCCUGUAGCUCAGUGGUGAGAGCCCUCUCCUCGCA